CAGGUGUCGUUCACACCGCGGCCUCGCGCGCCUCGUCUCGUUAAUCACUCGUGUUCGCUAUUGUUAUAGCGCGUCGUACAGCCAUCUUUGUCAAAUUACAAGAGAUUCAUUUCAAUAAUUCGGUUGUGUUAACAAAUGGAACAAAACGUAUAUACUAAUACCGACACGUUAUGUGACAAAAUCGUUUACUUAAAACAUUCUCUUUUGUUUUAUCGCUGACGCUUCACUGAAUGGAAGCGUUACGACGGUGUUAACGAUCAGUCCGUCUACCAGUCUACCAUUAUAAUGAUGGAUGAUGUCGUCUAUUGCAAAAACUGUGUUAAGUGUUCGUUUUAAUAAAUAAUGUGAAGGGUGGUAUUUGUGUUUAUGUUUGACUCUACAUGUGAUGAAAACUGCGUCGUAAUUUGUCGUACACAUUGCAUAAAUGAGUGGAAUGGCGUUGCGGACUGCGCGGGCCGGAGCAUGCGCGCCAGUUUUCUCGGAGUCGCUGGGAACGCACUGAGUGGCCUUCGUUUAUGUGCAUAUCAAAAUGGGAAGGUCUAGGUUCCCCGGUAAACCACUAAAAUUCCACAACAGAAAGCGCAUCAGCGUUCUAUCGGGCACUGUUUACCAUGAAACUGCUCCAGAGAAUAGUUCAGCCAGCCGAGGCUCGGCUGCCAACGACUUUUCUGGGGAGAAAGAGGAAGAAGAGAAGAAGGAGAAUAAUAGUGAAAAUGAUUCAAAAAUAAAUGGUGAUAAUAAGACCAACAAUAAUUUAGAUAAAUCAGACAAUCAGGAUAACGCUGAAUCAUCAAAGUCUCCUGUCCGAACAAGGUCCCAUAAUAAAAUGGAGCCUCCAAAAAACGAUAAACCUAAACCAGUGAAAAAGACAGUAACAUUUGGUACAGUUGAAAGUUGUGAGGAUAUAUUCUUGCCAUUAAAGAAGGUUCCAAUAAAACAUCAUGCACCACUCGUGCCAAUUAUAAAGAAAAAAUCAGCACUCAAACAAACUGAAUAUUCUACAUUCAAUAGUAUUUUGAAGCCAGCCAAAUUAACAGAUCUCAGCUCCAAAUCCUCAUUGGAACCUCAAGAAGGUUAUUUAAGGAAGAACCUAAAUCCUUUAUCAAAAUCAACAAAUAAAUUUUCUCAAUUUAGUGAUAUCAGAAGUACUUCACCGCCUCCAAGAAUCACAUCGCCUAUUGAAAAGAAGAAUAGCACUAAUAAGUUUGAAUUGCCCAUAAGGAGUAGUCAUUCAUCAAGAGUUAUAAAACCUAAUAAAAGGUUUAUUGAUGGUGAUGAACAAUCAUCACUUCCUAGUCUCUCCUCUGGCAAAGUUCUUAAGAAACCAAAAUUGAAGAGGCUAGUUUUCAACAACUUACAUGAUGACGAGGACAGUGCUGAAGAUGAGGAAUUAGAUAAAACAAAUGAUGUUGAUAAAACUCGAGAAAAAUCUUUACCUACAUCAAGUUUGUUUAAGGAUAAAACAACAAAUUCAUUUUCAAACCUCAGCAACACUGGGAACAGAAAGGUUAUCAGAGACUUCUUUUCAUAUGACAAAGAACCUGAGUGUAAUCAAGAUGAAAAUUCGAAUGUGGAGAGCCUUGAUAGGAUAAAGUCACCAGAUGGUAAUAAAGAAGAAAGAUCAGGACAUGCUAUGCGAAAGCUCAUGGAUAUUUCUGAUGCAAGCUCAACUAGUACUAGUGCCUCUGAGUCAGAAGAAAGCUGGGAUAGUGACAGUGGGGAAGCUACUGGUGAGGAAGGUGAACGACAACCACCAUUGAGUCCUGAGAAAGAUAAGACAUCUGCCUCACAGUUAUUAAGCGGGAAGGUGAUUAUAAGGGAAGCAAGGUUACAACUUACUUCUACAGCCACUUCCACAACUGGGCUUGAUGGACCCUUCUCAGCUUUAACGGCAGUAUCAUCCAAUAACCAACCAGCAACAGUCACUUGCGGGGUUUGUGGAGCAGUGAGAUUCUACAAAUUUGUGAGACAGGCAAGAAAAUUUGGAAUAUAUUCCUGUGAGUCAUGCCGAAAAUUUAUUUCGAAAUUACUGAAGAAAGACAAAAUGGUUUUACGAACAUCACCUGUGGUUACUCAUUGUGUGCGGGGAGAAGGCAAUUGUCAUGUUCCACCAGUAGUUCGCUCUCAGCAGUGGAAAUUACUCAAGUGUACUAAUAAAUCCCGAUGUCCUGCUUGUUGGCUAAAGCUAUGUCUCAAAGCUUUCCAAGUUCCACCUCACAUUAGAGCCACUUUGACUGCUAUGCUGCCGUCUUAUAUGAGAAGUGGAUCCAAACCCUCUGGGCCCUUGACUCAAACACAUCCAUUAAGAAUAGCAUCCAGUACAUCACCAACCCAGUCAACAUUCAGUACUUUGGCUUCUGAGAGUGAAAAUACUCUCUUUGCCGUAAAACCAGUUAAAAAACCGUCAGAUGACACCGAUAAAACUGAGGAAACUAAAACAGCUAAAGGUCUCCAAACUAACGACGAAUCCAAGGAAGAUGUUAAUGCCAGCAGAAAACGUCGUAUUACUCGGACUAAAGUUAGAAAGAAAGACAAAAGCGAGUCCAAACAAACUGAGGAUACGAAGCGACAAAAAAUGGAACUCAAAGGACCUAGAGUUAAACAUGUUUGUAGAAGUGCCUCCAUCGUCCUUGGACAGCCAAUUGCAACAUUCCCCACUCAAGAAGAGAAGGAUAAAGACAAAACUCAGCAAUCAGAUGACGAUUCAACCAUGCCAGUUAUUGACAAGGAUAGAAUUACGCCAGAUUCAUCUUGUGAUUCAGAACACGAUGUUGAGAAUAAACCAGUACAAGUGGUACCUGAAGCCAUAAUGAAGGAAAGUGAUCAAGAAAUAUUAGAACCCAAGAAGAGAAAGAUUGAAGUUGCUCCCAAACCACAAACCAAAAAUGAGUCCAGUGAAGAUGAGACUGUCAUGGAUAUUGUUCCAAGAAAACCUACUUUGAAACCUUUUACCAACAUCACCAAUGUACGCGGGCGCGCCCAGAAGUGUGGACAAAACAGACCUGAACUUAUUUGUGUCGAUUUUUGGGAGAGCUAUGAUCCUGAUGAAGUUUGCAAUUCUGGCUUUGGUUUGAUUGGGACUAUGCCAUUCACUCUCGCCAAACUUUGCUUCUUAUGCGGCAGUGCUGGUCGAGAAAAGAUGUUAGUAUGCAGCAGCUGUUGUGAGUGGUAUCAUGUGUGGUGCGCUGAGGAGGCUGGCGGUGGAGGGUCGUGGACUUGCGCCCGUUGCGUAUGGUGCGCUGCAUGCGCUCGACCUGCUGCAAGACUGCGCUGCCGCUCCUGUGCGAGACCAUACCACGCCGCUUGUCUGCCGUCUGCCCCACCUGACCAUCGAAGUGACUGGCCACAGAUCUGCAGUUCAUGUCUAAAAUGCAAGAGUUGUGACAGCAACAGGGUGAACAAAUUUGUUGGCAGCUUACCUUUCUGCAGACCUUGCUUCAAGUUACGUCAAAAAGGCAAUUAUUGCCCUCUAUGUCAAGCUUGUUACAGAGAUAAUGAUUUUGAUAGCAAGAUGAUGGAGUGCGGUUGGUGUGCUAGAUGGGUUCAUGCAAGCUGUGAAGGCCUGUCUGGUGAGGGAUACCAGCUUUUAUCCGCAUUACCACCAUCUAUUGAAUACAUAUGCUGUAAAUGUAUGCCUAAUGACCCUCCCUGGAGAAAAAUGCUAACAGAACAUCUCAAAGGAAGACUACUACAUCUUCUUAAAUUACUGGCCAAGAACAAAAAGGCUUGCGCAUUAUUGAAAUUGACGCCUCAUAAGAAUACUCCAGUUCCGAAUAAACCAUAUCGAUUGAUGUCACCCCAAGCUAUAAGAAAAUUGCAUUUUGACGGUGGGGAUGAGUCCAUGAAGAAUACAUCUGAAACAAAAGUGUACAGAAAUACCUCAAGGGGACGUAGAAAUACACAAAAUAAAUUUGACGAUCUAAAUUCGUCCCAAAUAUGGCACUGCUCAUCGCUGUUAAAUGACGUAGAAAUGGAUAAAGAGGAAAUUCCACACACCACACACAAAGUGGUUAAUCUCCAAGAACCUUUGAUGCAGAAUAAAGAGAUAUGCUUUUCAACUGGACUCUAUAGCAACAAGGCAGAUUUUAAUACACCAUGUGUGGAAGUACACGAGAAUUACCCGCCACAGAAAACAGAAAAAGCAACCACAAUGUUGCCAACUCUUGAUGACAAGUAUGAACCAAUAUCUGAUGAUGAAGAACCCACGAAAUCCUUCUCACAAGCUCGAAGUGAACAAGACUUAAGUCCUGCCAUAAUAAGACAAGCAAAUAUUGACGAUAGUCUUGAAGACUUGGGCAGGUUAAUUUCGCCGUCGCUACUAGAUAUAAAGAAGAGAGUAAACAGUGAUGAAUACAUCUCAUUAAAAGAUUUUAAUCAUGACAUGAAAGAGGUUAUUGAGAGGACGGCAAGCGUAGAUCUGACUUCAAUAUACAAAGAUCUAUUCUCUGAAACAUUUCCUUGGUUUGAUUGUGAAAAUAAUUGCCUUCAGCCAAACUUGGAAGUAGAGGGCGAACAGGAAGAGACUGAUUCAAUUAAAGAUAUUGAGAUGACGGAUACAAAGGGGAUUAAGAAUACUACGCAAGUGGAAAGAACUCUUGAUCAAAUAGUUCCUAAGUUGGAAUCUGUCAGCCAGAAGGAAGAAACGGAAAUAUUAGAGUUUUAUCCAAUGGUUGACUCUCGUAUUUGCGUUUUGUGCAAAACUUGUGGCGAUGGAUCACCGGCUAUGGAAGGGCGACUAUUGUAUUGCGGUCAAAAUGAUUGGAUUCAUGCCAAUUGUGCUUUAUGGUCUGCGGAAGUGUUUGAAGAAAUUGAUGGUUCUCUUCAAAAUGUUCAUUCAGCAAUAUCAAGAGGAAAAAUGAUCAAGUGUGCAGAGUGUGAAGUUAAAGGGGCUAGUGUAGGUUGCUGUGCCAAGAACUGUAGUGAAACAUAUCAUUAUGCAUGCGCAAGAAAAGCAACAUGUGCUUUUAUGGAUGACAAAAGAGUAUUCUGUCCCACUCAUGGAAAAGAUGUACCAAAGAAAAGUCUACAAAAGAACGCAGAUUUUGAAUUGACUAGACCAGUUUAUGUUGAACUAGAUAAAAAGAAGAAAAGGUACACGGAAAUAAACAAAGUACAAUUUUUAAUGGGUUCAUUAACAGUGCACAGCCUUGGCAAGAUUGUACCUUCUGUGUCUGAUUAUGAAGAUUUCUUAAUGCCAGUAGAUUUUUCUUGUAGCCGUCUGUUUUGGUCAUGUAAAAAACCAUCUAAAAUUGUACGCUAUACAAUUAAGACUAAACUCAUACUGGCUGAACCGAUGCCUGGAUUCGACUUUGGCGUCAACAUAACUGUUGAUCAUUCUAUGGAUGUGCAAGUUGUAGACCGUGUCAUGGCAGAAAUUGGCGCAUGGCAUGAAAGCAUAGAAACGGGAUCAAGUAAAACCGUUCUUAUGUUAAAGAGUGAUAAGUCGCCUAUUAAAUUCGGAAAAACUGUUACGCUAGAAGAUCUGGCUGUAAAACAAGUCGUGGAAUAUUUGCUAGAUAAUCUUUGCAAGCAAGAACAACAAGACGAAGAGGAACCGCAAAACACUGCGGAUCUAUUGCCCCCUGAGGUUAAAGAUGCUAUAUUUGAGGAUCUAAAUCACGAUCUUCUUGAUGGAAUAUCCAUGCAAGAUAUUUUCCCUAAACUCAUGUCCUAUGAGGAUCUGGCAGGUAUAGAUUUAAAGGGUGAGUUCUAUGGCGCUAUAAGUCAAUCAGACGACAAGUCAGAUUCUCGUUCUAGUGAUUUUAUUGAUGAAUUGCUUAAUGCUCGUUUGGAAUCUGGUAAUAAAGAACUUAAGCGGAGCAAAUCCGAAAUGUUACUACAAAAUCACAAUCUAAAGUCUCUGACAACAGGCCGCGGACAACAAAGAUCGUCAAGUUUAACCUGGAACAAUAAAUUUGACACAAGCUUACUUUCUUCUACCAUAAAGAGAUGCAAGAUGGGAAAGACGUCUACCGUGACUGGAAAACUGAGUCCUAUUCAGCGAAUUAUAGAAAAUCCAUUAGAAACGAUAAAAGAAAUAGAAAGAAGCAGUGUAGACAAGAAAUCUAAACCAGAAACUAGUACUAGCAUUUGCAGUGAAACGGGCCAUUCUUCUGGCCUCAAUUACAGAACAACAUCGCCUAAACAAAAAGAAGAGUCUAAUGCAGACAAAAACAAUAAAUCUGAAGGAUAUUAUACGGACGUCAUAGAUUUUUAUACUAAAAUCCAAUGUAGCCCUAUAUCUCAAUUGGAUGGUGCCGCUGAUUGGUCAGGCUCUGAGAGCAAUUGUAGUUCAAGACCAAGCAGUCCUCAAGAUGACUUUACGAAUAUUCAACAACUAGACGGGGCUGAAGAUCAUCAUCCCUGUGACAAUACGCCCAAAAAUCAAAACAAUCAGUUUCUGUAUCGAGCUAGUGGUACUGAAAGCACCUAUACUGUGACCAUCGCUGGUAACUCUAUUAGUGGACAGCCGGAACUUGUCAUGAGACCUCUUGACGACCCAUCUGGUAAUUCAGGACAAGGAGAACAACUAGUGAGAUGCGAUAGAUGUCAAUGUACAUACAGAAACAAGGAAUCCUACGACCGCCAUAUUCCAUCGUGUGACAUGAUGUCAACAAGUGAAAGUGAAAGCGAAAAUCCUAAAUCUCCUGAAAACAGAACUCUGACUACUUUGCAAAAUGCUUUCCAAGGAGCAUUUGCCCAACCUAUGAUUAUACAUGCAGGCGUCGUAAGUAACACCGAAAAUACUGUAAAGGCCGAAGGUAUUUCAGCGAGAAGAACCAGUAUAAAUACUAGACAAAUCACUAUUAAUGGCACCAUAGUAGAAACUCCAUCACCAGGCCCAUCAAAUGAAAUGACAAUGACAAUUACAGAGCAAAUGAAAUCUGGAACUGUUAUAUUUGAUCAAAGCAAGACUACUAAUGUUCAGGUAUCUGCUAACCAACAAGUUUUAUCAUCUCCACAGAUAGUCGUAACGCCUCAAAUGCUACUACCACCUAAAACAAGUACAUCUGCCGGACAAAAAAUGAUGGCCCCACAAAUAAUCACACAACCUGGACUUUUACCAUAUAAUAUUUGUGUUAAACCUGGAUCAAGCAAUGCAAAUAUACAGCAGAUUCAAGGAACUGAUAUGACACAAUUACUAGCUGGUGGCGGUGGUAUUCAAGUGCUGACUUCCAACUCCAAUCAAGUCUUGACUAUACCAAAUCAAGGGAUGAUCCAAGGAAAAAAUCAAGUUACAAACUUUCCAAAUAUGGCAAGUGCGUCUUCUAUCACUUUACCUGUAAACUCUAUUCAGGGCAUGCCUAAUACGUCGAUAAUACAAAAUAUUCAACCCAUGAUUCGACCGCAAAUACAGAGUAACCCCACUAUUGUAGUGCCAGCUAUGACGGCCCAAAGGCUUGCUUCACCUAAUUCUCAAAAGCAGAUUUUAAUACCGAGUGCACCACAAAAGUCUCCUAAAAAGCAACCUGCACAGGUUCAGCCCAAACCAAUAUUUCAAGCAAAUCGUGGAAGAGGUAGACCGAUGCCAAAACCAACAACAAUUAAGAGGCAAACUAAAUUGGAGAAAACAUUUACAACUAUUAAUCAAAGUCCUUUAGGACCUGGCAAUACUGUUAUACAAUUACAGACGAAUAAUCAAACAGGUCAGCCAUCUAUUAUUGUACAGCCGGUUGCUAACCAAAACAUCAUGUCGGCUUAUGUAGAAGCUUUAUCUCAGCAGCAGAAUCAAAAUAUGCAAUACAUUGCGACUAUUGCACCUCAAAGUGAUUUCAAAACUGGACCUACUCAAUUUAUCUCACAAGGCGGACUAAUGCCACAGACAUUCCAAUUACAACAAACAGAAUCUGGGGGUCUUGUUGCUGUACCCAGUGGAGGUAUACCUGUUUUAUUACCACAGGGGAAUGUUGGAAUUUUACCUCAGACGAUACAGCAAGGAACUAUUCUUCCCCAAGGUGCAAUUCAGACUCAAGGAAUAUUAUCCCAAGGACCUAAUGGUCAUACUAUCUUACCCCAAGCAAUACACACACAAAAUGGUACUACUAUCAUACCUCAAGGAACUAUUCAAGGACUUACAAAUGGAAAUAUAACGUCACAAACUGCGACUUUAAUACCAAAUAAUACAUUACAAAGUGCCGGAGCCACAGUGGUACCACAAAGUGGCAUAAGUAAUGGUCAAACUACCAUAAUUCCGAAUGCGCUUUCAUCGCAAGGCAAUACAUUAAUAUCAUCCGCGCCUGGCACAACAAUACUUCCUCAAGGGACAAUUUUACCGCAGUUUUGCAAUGAUCAGGUGCUUCUAGGGUCAACACCUACCCUUGAAAUGGUUACGGAUCCAUCUGGAUGCAUGUAUUUAACGACUACGCAGCCCGUCUAUUAUGGUUUGGAGACAAUUGUUCAAAAUACAGUUAUGUCAUCACAGCAAUUUGUAUCGACAGCUAUGCAAGGAGUAUUGGCGCAGAAUAGUAGCUUUUCUGCAACAACCACACAAGUAUUCCAAGCGAGUAAAAUAGAACCCAUUGUUGAGGUACCCACUGGAUAUGUUGUUGUUAAUAACGUUGGUGAUGCUGUAGCAUCACAAGCUGUUUCAUCAACACCGAAUGUAGUAACCGCAGUCCAAUCAUCACCGCCGGCACUGAAAAAUGUGAAAACUUCAGUUCCUAACUUAACAUUGCAACCGUUACCUGACAAGCAGUGUAACAAUAGACAGGCGCCUAAAGUAAUUCAAAUGAAUGCACCACCUCUUGCUAUCGGAUCACAAUCAGGAAAUAUAAUGAAUGGAAAGCAAGGAUUGAACCCAAUAACAUCCCAGAUACAUAGCAUGACGCUAUCAAACAACACUCAAAGUAUGCAAAGAGUGAACAUUUCUAAACACAAUAACGUGUCCAUGUCACCAAAUGUUACUCUUGUUUCGUCAACAGGACAACCAUUGAUGGCAAUUUCUCAGUCUGUACCUAAUACUAUGAAUUCAUUUUCAAUUCAAUCGAUACCUUUAGCACAACCAAUAGUUUCAAGUUCUAUUGCGCCAUCAAAUAAAAACACAAUGAAAAUAGAAAACUCUCAUGUCAUAGAAAUAAGUGGAAACUUGCACGAGAGUUCAAAUUGUACAAGCUUACCUACAAUAAGUGUCACACAGAGCAUGAAAUCUCCGACUCCGUGGAGGCAACAGGAUAAUAAAACUGAGCUUCAUAACAUUGGACUAAAGACUUCUCAAAGUUCGACCCUGAAUAUUCAAAAUAAUAUGAUUUCAGGAAGACAGAUGUCACUCUCUGAUUCAGGAAAGGACAAUCAAAAUUGCAUGAUGUCAGUAAAUAACAGUGCCAACUCCAUGAACCAUCAAUUUGAAUCGAGUAUAAAUGUAUCUCAUCACUCAUCGGCCCAUACGACUUCUAACAACAUGAUCCAAAUAACAGCUGGUAAUAUCUAUCCACCGUCAUCAUCAAUGAGUAGUAAUUUUGAUGCUGACACAACAAUGAAGCUAAGCAAAAUUAACGCUCUGUCAAAAACUGAAGGAGGACAUAUGAAUUUUUCACAGGAAAUAAUGGCAUCACAUUCACAUCAAAAUUCUCACGAUAAAAAUUUCCAAAAUAUGGGUGCCAACGAUAAACACAAUUCUGAUAACAUGCACAACCAAAUUAAUAUACAUAAACUAAGUAGUUGUCAAGUGAAUGGAAACAUGAACAACUCGCCAUCAAUUAGUAUCAUUCCACCAAACAUGGUAAGACCACAAAUGCAAAACAAUCAAAACUCAAUAACCGUUGGCAAUAACCAGAAUCAAAUGUGCUCUAUUUCAAAUAAUUCACAUGGGCAGGUUCAACUUAUGAAUUCCGUCAACGCAUCAGCAAUGCAAAAUGUCAACAUGUCAUGUCAAGAGAUGGUGAACAAUAGAAUGAACAUGUCAGUAUCAAGUGAAAGCAACCAACACGAAAUGACUAACUCCAUAACAACAUCCAACAUGUCCCACGCUAAUAUACAAAUGAUGUCCCAUGAUAACAACCAACUUUCAACUACAAAUCAGAUACAAAUAAUGAACGGACAAAUACAGAAUAAUUGUUUGGUAGAGAAUAAUAGCCAGAUGCAGCUGAAUCAAGGGAAUCCAAACAGAUCGUUCCAUGAUAAUAUUAUCGGUAAUCAACAGGGCCACAAUCAAAACAACAUGCUGUCUAAUCGCAGUACACCGGAUACUAGCAAUUUAAUGAACCAAAGUAUGAAUCUACACAACAUGAAUAAUAACCACACCAUGAGCCGCAAUGAUCUAGGAGAAAUAAAUCAUAUGCACGUCAAUCAAACCUUACCUAAUAUGAAUAACAUGCAAAACAACAGAAUGAUGAUGGAUAAUAUGCAAUCCCAUGUAAUGAACAAUGUUAAUCACCAAAUGCAUACAAAUAACAGGCCUAUGGAUGCCAUGCAUAACCAGCAAAUGCAUUCAAUGCAACAAAUGAACCACCAUAUGAACAGCAACAACAAUCGUUCACAGAUGGACAACAACAUGCAUAAUAUGAGUCAACAAAUUUCAAUGCAACAAAAUAGACAAAUAGAUAAUGUUAGUCACCAUCACCAACAUCAGAUGUCUAAUAUGAUGCAGUUACAAAACAAUCGUCAACAUAACAUUGAUAACAAUUUAAUGGGUAUUCAUCAACAUGUAUCUAAUCAAAUGCACAACAGACAACAGAUGGAUAAUAACAUGCAUAUGCACCAUAAUAACGUAAAUAUGGGUUUGAGCGGCCAGCUAGAUAACACCGGUGUAAUGGCAAACAUGCAUGGCAAUAGGCACGACAAUACUCCAAUGUCAAUGCAGAAUAUAAAUGCCAUGAAUCAGAUGCAAAACAAUAGAAAUUCAAUGGAACAUAAUCACAUGCAACAUCAGAUCAACAAUAUGGGCUCUAUGAAUAAUAUGAAUUUGCAUAAUAAUAUAAACAAUUCGAUGCAAAUGCCGAACACCAAUCACCAGUCUAUAAAUAACCCAAUCAUGCAUAUGCCAAACAUACCAGAUAUUAAAAAUGAAAUUCAGAAUUCAUGCGGUGGAAGUUGCGCAAACAGCACCCAACAGUUUUCUAAUAACAAUCAGUCAACUUUCGAAAUGUGUGCAAAUAUGAGUUCUAAUAACAUGAAUAUGACGAACACUGGAAACAUGAUGCGUGGAAUGACUAUAAACAACACAAACAUGUCGAAUAAUAUGAUAAUAAAUAAUGUUAACAAUAACCCAUAUGGAUCCAAUAACCAGAACAACUUAACUGGCCAUGAUAUGCUUAUAAGUUGCAACAGUUCUACGGAACACAAUGUAUCAAAUCUGAUGUCUAGUAAUAGCAACCAUAUGAUGAUAAAUAAUACUCAAACACACAACAACGGCAACCAAAACCAGAUUAUGGGUAAUCAAGUCCAAAAUAACCCACAAAUUAACAUAAAUAGUUGUAGCAUGAACACCAAUAAUUCGACUCAAUCAACAAUAUCCAAUAUUGAUAAUCAAAUUAAUAGAAACAAUAUGGCUGUUAACGAACAAGCCAAAUUUGUACAAGAACCAGUUAGAGGCAAGAAUAUUAUGGGCCCUCCAACAAAUAUUCCUAUAACAAAUAUUUCCAAUAAUGAUUGCGCUAAAGUUAAUAUGGGUAACAACGAUAAACAAAAUCAUACUAUAUCAGUUAGUAAUCAACUAGGUUAUAUGCAAAUGAAUCCUCCGAAUGGCAAUAGAAUUAUCAAUCUUCCGGAAAGAAGUAGGCUAAAUAAUUCAAACCUAGAAAAUAAUGUCAAUCAACAUGUACCACAGCAACAUAACAUUCGUGUUGUGACCAAUAACAACACAAACAAUAUGACUGGAAUUACAAAUGAUUCUAUGACAUACCAACAAAAAAGUGAAAGCAGCACCAUGAUAAAUGUGCCUUUUCAGGCCAUACCUAACAGUGCCCCAAUGAAUAUCAAUGUCAAUUCCAGCAACAAUACCGUCAACAUAACAGUUCAAAACAAUUUGGUCGAUCCCAAGAUUGCGUCUAAAGCUGCAGCAGAUUUAAAUUUCCCAUUGCAAUCUACCGACAAUAUGAUUUGCAUACCUGUCCAAAAUAACACCAUUAGCUUACCGACCCAAAACAGUUCAAGUAUUACCCUACCUAAAGCACCAUCUACUCAACAAUCCGGUAUUCCGACUAAUGUCGUAAACCCUAUGUCAAUGCGGCCGAUGAAUAGAGUAUUGCCUCUACAUCGUGACGGACAAAGUAAAUCUUCUAAGACUUCGGGAACUAAAACACCUACUGUUCCUAAACAAAGACCUGUAAACCAAGAUAUGCCAGAUCUCAACAUGAAAGAUGAAAACAUGGAUAGCGAUCUUGAAAAAGCUAUAGAGGAAUCUAAGAAAUUAAUGGAACUAGAAAAGGCAAAAAAAGAAAAGGAAGAAAGAGAUGCUGUUCGAGCUGUAAAAUUAUCUACUGAAAUACAACAAGCAAACACUAGUUCCACAUCAUCUUCAGUUCUUGUUAACAGAAUCGAUACUGUAGUAAAUGUACCAAAAAUGACAUCUCUGCCCAGUUUAGAUGAAGAGAUGGAACAGGAGCCAGCAAAAGUUUUGACAGAAAAAGAUACAAACAAAACUGUCAUUCCAUCAAAAUUAACGAAUUCUACUACCAAAGUAUUAAAAAGGCCUUUAGUUGACAAAAAGGCUGAUGCUGAUGUAACGGCUGCUACUAAAAAACAGAAUAAGGUUUUGAAAGGUCAGGAAAAUAAGUUCUCUCAACCUAAACAAGUGCCAACACCACCUAAAGACGACGGCCCAAAAUUGAUAUACGAAGUAUCUUCAGAAGAUGGAUUCAACUAUUCUUCGUCCUCACUAACCGAUUUAUGGGCAAAAGUAAUCGACGCUGUGCAGAAUGCCCGGAAGCAAUCUGGCUUGCCUCUCAUUCAGUAUAACCUGCCAUCCACCCUGUCUGGCGCACAUUUACUAGGAUUAAAUAAUAACGCCUUAAGAUACCUCAUUGAACAGCUGCCAGGAGCUAAUCGUUGUUCUAAAUACAAAAUACGUCAAGGUCGUCCUCUCAAUAGCUGGGACAACGACUUGGACCUUAGCGAAGGUUUCAAAGAAAGUCCUUGGGGCAGCGCAAGAACCGGCCCAAUUUCAAGGAAACAGAAUCACGAUAUGUUCAGCUGGAUGGCUUCCCCGUUCAGAGAGGAACCACCUCCUUUUGGCGGCCAAGAAGGAGAAAGUACCAUCUCAAGACGCUUAGCAACUCUUCCACCGGCUAUGAGAUUCAGGCAGUUAAAAGAAACGUCAAAGGCCUCCGUCGGCGUCUACAGAUCUCACAUUCACGGUCGCGGACUUUUCUGCAAGAGAGAUAUUGAAGAAGGCGAUAUGGUGAUUGAAUAUGCUGGUGAAGUCAUCCGAGCCGUAUUGGCCGAUCAGCGUGAGAAGAAGUACGAGGCGAUGAGCGGUCGCCGCGGCGUGGGAGGUUGCUACAUGUUCCGUAUAGACGACAACCUGGUUGUGGACGCAACGCUCAAGGGAAACGCGGCCAGAUUCAUCAACCACUCGUGUGAUCCAAACUGCUACUCCCGCGUUGUGGAUAUCCACGGCCAUAAACACAUUCUCAUCUUCGCUCUAAGGCGCAUAACUAUUGGAGAGGAACUUACCUACGACUACAAGUUCCCAUUCGAAGAAGUCAAAAUCCCAUGUACAUGCGGCGCCAAGAAGUGCCGCAAGUAUCUAAACUAACGAGUUCAUGAGUAAACAGUGUGUGAACGAUGGUGUCAAUUAUCUCUGGACGAGAUCAGACAAAAAAGUGAACAACCUGUAUAAGAGAACACAGAAACAGUACUAUCUAUUUACUUGCAUAGCAUAAUUAUAUAAGUACAUUUCGGAUUAUUACUAGGAAAUAUAAGUGUAUCACCGUGAGGUUCUGUUGUAUCCGGGAAUGGAAGUCAUACCUUAUAAUGAUUGUUGUCUAGGAUAAUGUUUUUAGGUGCAGAAUGUAAUGCUGGGUCGAGCACAAUUUAAUAUGUACAUAUUUAAGACAAUAAGUCCGAAUCACAUAUCGCGUUCCCCACCUGUAUAACAAAGUGCCACUGUAGGGAAACAGUUAUCAUGAAUCUUGUUAUGAUCUCUUUAUGAAUCUACCCAGUGUUUAGAUAUUGUUGGAUUGUAUAUUAUAUUGGUUUUAUAUGAAUGAAUAAUUCUUAUUUUGUGAUAAGUUUUUUUUUUUUUAAUAUACAUUGUGUAAAUAUUUUUUAAGUUGUAUCCGUUCUUAGGGUGGUAAUUUAAGGGUGGGUGUACAUUGCGUGCACUAUAUAGAGAUGUGAUACGUGUUAAGCCGAGUUUCGGAAUGCGAAUGGUUAGUGCAUAGUGUAUUUGUUCCUCAUUUUGUUCUAAUUUCUUCACUUGUGAUCAUUUAAGUCUCGACUAACUUGUAAAUAUUUGAAGGAAUUUUAUUCUUAAAUAAGUACAUUUGAAUGGGUAGCGAAGUUGAGUACAAUGUUACUUUCAUAUUAUUUUGUAAUUUUAAUAAGUAUUGUAUAGAGAAAUGUGUACAUAAGAGAAAAAUUAUCUGUCAUAAUAAUGAAUUUAAGCGACAAAUCGUUUUAAUGUAGUCAUAUUCGUAGUGGUAUUUUAGAUCAUUAUGUAAUGUAUAUAAUAAGUUAUUUGGUGUAUGGAUUGGCUUGUAUCAAGGGUCGGGCUGAUAUCCGUGGCGUCUAUGAAUCCUGGCCGAUAUUCGUUUCAACAUCAGAUGCACAUUAUUAGCUUUAAAAGUUUUUAGCACAGUUUAUGUUAAAAACCAGUAAUUGUUGUUUUAAAUACAAUAAGUUUUUGUUCGUUGUCGAGUGUUGUAAUGAACUUAUUUAUUGAACAUCACAUUAUCAUCACACAUAUUUAAUGAUACCAGUGUUUAUAUAAAAUAGUGUUAGACCAGAUAUAUGAUGUCUCCAUCGAGGGACGCACGUAUUAAAUAGUGCUGAUAAAAUGAAAUAAUCAAUAGCUAUAGUCAAUACAUAUAUUGUACAGCACUUUCAAGCGGAAUUCAAACAAUGUUAAGUUUCAAUAAUUUUUAAGCUUUUUUUUAAUGUAAAAAGUUUUUAUAAGAGUGCCCUGUGUCGUGAAGCGGAAAUAAUACAAAAAAAAUCUCAUGUCUCCUCUCCGUUAUAUCAAAUUUCCGUCUGAUCUAGCUUUAUUAUAUAACGAUAUUGUUAGCGGUUUAGUUUUCAAAUUGUAAAAUUUACACAUUGUUUUUCUUUUUUUACAUUUACGCACUUACCUUCGAAACAAAAAAAAAAAGUUGUGGACUAGUCUUUAGGAAUUAAAUUUUUAUAGCCAUAACGCGGCGUCCCACAAGUGGGAUGGUAACGUUUUGAUCGACACAUUGUAGAAGUUGUACAUCGAGUAACGAUAAUAAAUAACAAAGUACAGGUAAUUUUAAUCAAUAUGAAUUAUUAUUAACAUCUAUUUUUAAUAUAAGUUUUUUAUUCGUGUAAUAUUAAUGUGAUUUAUUUUUUUUUUUCGAUUUUCUACCUUCUCACAUUUUAUGGCCUGGACCCUGACAGUUGUGUUGUUAAAUCGUGUUUAAUUUAAGCGCAUGUGCAUUUUAUUUAGUCCUGUAUACAAGAAAAAAAAAUAAAUUAAAAAGACCCAAUCACAAAGUGAUGACGGAUUGAUAUCUGUUGAUUAUUUUAAGUGGAAAAAAAUGUCUGCUCUUGAUAUUAUUUGUGUUGAAAAUAAUGCUUUUAUUUUUAAUGUACACAUGCCAUUUUGCCUAAUAUUAUUAUAAAUUAUAUUAUAUUGCUUUAAAAGCACCAAUUUUACAAUGCAUAGUUCUAUGACCUGUCUAUACAUUUUAUUACUUUAUUUAUUUCUAUCAUUAUUUUGUAUUGUGGUAAAUUUUACCAAAAAUAAAAAUACUAAAAUGUGCUUUA